GCGUCACAGGCCGAACAACCAAACAGAAAAGUUUAAUAAACAGCAGGCGGAGGGGCUGGUGGCGGCGGCCGGGCCGGGGCGAGCAGCGGUUCGGUGGCUUCACCUGUCCCCAUUCACCGGCGGCGACCGGCGGAGGCGGGCAGCGCGUCAGGCGGAGAGAGCCGCCGCCAGGAAUGAAUCUGAAGUCUGCUGCAGUAAAACACUGAAGGCUUUAAAAUGUUUUCUUGCAUAAAACUCAAAGUUUAGCUGCUUAUGAGGAUAGGGAAGGCAGGAAGCUAAUGUCUGUCUCAAGAUACAGGACAGCUGUUUGCUCAUCAACCUCAACUGUGUGUGCAACAGAGGAACAUGGCUCAAGAAACUAAUCACAGCCAAGUGCCUAUGCUUUGUUCCACUGGCUGCGGAUUUUAUGGAAACCCUCGUACAAAUGGCAUGUGUUCAGUAUGUUAUAAAGAACAUCUUCAAAGACAGAAUAGUAGUAAUGGUAGAAUAAGCCCACCUGCACCUUCUGUCAGUAGUCUGUCUGAGUCUUUACCAGUUCAGUGCACAGAUGGCAGUGUCCCAGAAACUCAGUCGGCGUUAGACUCUACAUCUUCAUCUAUGCAGCCAAGCCCUGUAUCAAAUCAGUCACUUUUAUCAGAAUCUGUAGCAUCUUCCCAAGUGGACAGUACAUCUGUGGAUAAAGCAAUACCUGAAACAGAAGACCUGCAAGCUUCAGUAUCAGAAACGGCACAGCAGCCAUCUGAAGAGCAAAGCAAGUCUCUUGAAAAACCAAAACAAAAAAAGAAUCGCUGUUUCAUGUGCAGGAAGAAAGUGGGACUUACUGGGUUUGAAUGUCGGUGUGGAAAUGUUUACUGUGGUGUACACCGUUACUCAGAUGUACACAAUUGCUCUUACAAUUACAAAGCUGAUGCUGCUGAGAAAAUCAGAAAAGAAAAUCCAGUAGUUGUUGGUGAAAAGAUCCAGAAGAUUUGAACUCCUGGAAUACAAAAUCCUUUGACCAUCUGCAAACUAAAAAUUGACUUGAGGUUUUUUUUCCUAGUCAUUGGGAAUGUAGAGCAAUGUAUCUUGCAUAGACCUUUUAAUCAUGCAUGUCAUCAGAAGAAUAGAUUUUUGUUUUUGUUUUGAAAAUGACUCUGAACAUUUAUUUACAUUGCAGUUUCUGUGGCUGAAAAGACUUAAGUAAACUUUACAAGUAUUAUCCUUUUAAGAUCAUUUUAAUUUUAGUUGAGUGCAGAGGGCUUUUAUAACAAACGUGGAGAAAUGUCGGAGGGCUGUGAUUUUUCCAGUAUUAAACAUGCAUGCGUUAAUCUUGCAGUUUAUUUUCUCAUUGUGUAUGUAUAUAUAGCUUUUCUCUGCAGCACGAUUUCUCUUUUGAUAAAUGCCCUUUAGGGCACAACUAGUUAUCAGUAACUGAAUGUAUCUUAAUCAUUAUGGCUGCUUCUGUUUUUCAUUAACAAAGGUUAUACAUAUGUUAGCAUAUAGUUUCUUUGCACCCACUAUUUAUGUCUGAAUCAUUUGUCACAGGAGAGUGUGUGCUGAUGAGAUUCGAAGUUUGUGUGUUUUUAAAUUUUUUUGAGCGAGGGAAGGAAAAGCUGUAUGCAUUUCAUUGCUGACUGCAGGUUUCUUUCAGAUUACGUUCAUUGGUCUGUGUGUAUACAAUAUGAAGAAUGAUCUGAAGUAAUUGUGCUGUAUUUAUGUUUAUCUACCAGUCUUUGAUUAAAUAAAAAGGAAAACCAUAA